UGUCCGCAUUUUUCUUUGAGCUGAUUUUGACUCUUGUUCACACGUGCGCCCGUUGCGAAGGAGAGAGGAUGCGCGCCGCGCUCUGGGAAGCUUCGCUUUCUCGAAGCGGCUUUGAGCUGACCUGAAAUGAAGGGCGAACCUGCACCGCGCGCGAAGAGAGAGAGGCACCGAGGAAUUUUUUUUGAGCUACUACGAAAUUUAUGGGCGGAACCUAGUCCCUCGACAGAGAUCUUACCGGCACUUCAAAGCUGCGGUGGAGGGGGCGAAGGUUCUGAGGAUGAACUCAGAUGGGAUGGAUGGGGCUACGCAGACAGCCGGUUCACACUCAACGAAGAAGGACACAUAUGUAUGAUGGGCAACCGUUACUUCUUGUCUGGAGUUGAAUUGCCGUACCUGCGAGAAUUCGCCGAGAAGGAGUUGGGCUUAAAGAUUGAGGAUAUCAAUCAAGGGUGCGAGUAUCCGAGGAAUUUGCCAAAGCCGGUGGUGAACGGCGACUUUGCAGAGGAAUUGAAGCAGAUGAACGUCAAUCAUACGUGGGACGGUUUGGAGCGUUUGAAUCACAGUCACGGACACACGGUACAGGAGAUAUGGACAAUUCGACAUGGAUCAUUGAAGAAACUUGUGGAUGUAGUGGUGUACCCGAGAAGCCAUCAAGAUGUGGAACGAAUAGUGAUGGCCGCAAACCGCUUCGGCGUUGUGAUCAUCCCAUUCGGCGGUGGGACCAACGUAUCAAGGGCGCUGGAAUGUCCAGAGAGCGAGAAGAGAAUGAUUGUGUCCCUCGACAUGCACGAAAUGGACCGCAUAAUUAAUGUUGAUCGUGUGAACAUGAUGGCGCGUAUCGAGGCUGGAAUUACUGGAAGGGCGCUAAAUGAGAAAUUGAAGAAGGUUGGCUUGAUGAUGGGUCAUGAACCAGAUUCGCUGGAGUUUUCAACUUUGGGCGGGUGGGUAGCCACCAACGCUUCCGGCAUGAAAAAGAACGUUUAUGGGAAUAUCGAGGAUAUCGUUGUCAGCGUGAAGUUUGUGACUUGCCUAGGUACUUGGACUCAGGAAUCUCUGAUACCUCGUCGGUCGUCCGGCCCUAAUACAAUGAAUUUGAUUUUUGGAAGUGAAGGAAUCUUUGGCGUGGUGACAGAAGUGAUCGUCAAGGUUCGCGAACUUCCUCAACUGAUUCACUACGGUGCUGUUAUUUUUCCAAAAUUCGAACAAGGUGUCAAGUUUAUGCACGCUCUGUCCUCUCAGCGUCAUUUGCCGGCUUCCAUCCGUCUCGUGGACCCGGAACAAUUCCGCCUCGGCAUGGCCAUGAGACCCGCGGCGAAGUCUUAUUAUGAGACGCUCACCGACAGAGCCAAGAAGGCCUACCUGUUCAACUACCUCAACUUCGAUCCCAGGGAGAUCUGCAUGGCUACUUUCGUAGUGGAGGGCUCCAAGGGCGAGGUGGUGCGCGAAACCAGGACCAUUCAUUCUACAGCUACGAAAUAUGGCGGUUUGAAGGUCGACUCGGAAAGCAGUCGACGAGGGUACUUCCUCACCUUCGUCAUCGCCUACCUUCGAGAUUUGGUGAUCAGCGCGUCAUUUUUGGCCGAAAGCUUCGAAACGUCGAUCACCUGGUCUCGCACCUAUGAUCUGUGCGUCCGCGUCAAACAACGAGUCGUUCAGGCAGCCGCCGAAGCGGGCGUCAAAAGCAAAUUGUUCGUUUCCUGCCGAGUUACUCAGACCUACCAUAUUGGAUCCUGCGUCUACUUCUACUUCGGAUUCUCCUGCCGAGACUUGGAAGACCCUAUAGAAAAGUUCACCUAUAUCGAACACGCCUGUCGCACGGAAAUCCUCGACUGCGGGGGGUCUAUCAGCCACCACCACGGCGUUGGCAAGCACCGUAAGGCGUUCAUAGAGCGCUCUGUAGGAAAGAUCGGCCUGUCCAUCCUCAAAGAACUCAAGCGCACUCUGGACCCCAACAACGUCUUUGCAUCCGGCAACAUCUUUGACAUCGACUACUCAGAAACCGACACUGCAUCGCGCGUCAUCUCUAACUGAAAAUUGCCUAAAAUUUAAAAAAAAUAAAAAAAGUCAUCAUUUUAUCUGUACAU